CAGUUGCCUGCUGGUCUGUGUUUUAGCAAGCUAAAUCCUCCAGAGUUCUCCAGUCCUACCAGUCCUCCAAUCAGUAAAAAGUGAUCAGCAAGAUGAACAGAAUCCUGCUGCUGAUGGCCUUUUCGGCCGCUCUUGUGGCUGCCGGAAGGAUAACCGUGAAUCCGGAGAGGAUUCAGGGUAUUGAUCGCAUGUCCCUGGAGGAUCUGCAGCGACAGAAGUUCAUCCUGGACAUCGUCCAGAACAUCCAGCAGCCCCUGCAGCAGAGUGAUCUUAUCCAGCUGGACCAGGGUCUGAUCGUGGACAGCCAGCGGUAUCGCGGCGGCAUCGACGCGGUGAUGCAGCGCGUCAUCGACCUGGACCGCCAGCGUCGCCUCCUGGACGAGCACCAGGUGUACUCGGUGGGUCGUGUGGAGGAUGUGCAGCAGCUGCGUGGCAUUUACCGCCUGCUGGUUCGCGCCCAGGACUUCGAUACCCUCCGCCGGAAUGUGGUCUAUCUGCGCCGGAACAUCAAUCCCGUGCUGCUGGUCAACGCCUUGGCUCUGGCCAUUCGCGACCGGGAGGACACUCGCAACCUGAUUGUGCCCGCCGUCCAGGAGCUGCUCCCCGAACUGUAUCUGGAUGAGGAGGUCAUUGAGCAGGUUCGCGGAGUCCUCAGGGAGCAAACUCAGCGUCCCACGCUUAUGGACAUUGUGGGUCUGCGCCAGCGUGGCAUGAACCCUAUGAUGAACAUCCUCAUGCCCUGGCGGCAGAUCCACCUGCAGAUGGCUCUGAUGAAGCAACAGCAGCAGCUACAGAACCGCCAGAAUGUCAUGGGCCAGAAACGCGUGGUGAUCCGUGCCGAGAACCAGGGACAGAUCGAUGGCACCUCUCUGCUGACCGACGACAUUGAGCUGCGCAACCUGGUCCAGAACCUUAUCCAGGAAUUGGCUCUGCUGGAGGAUGACUCGCAGGAGGAGCAACAGCAAUGGAUCAGCAAUGUGCAGGGACGCAACCAGUUGAUCAACAGGCAGCAGGAGGAUGAGGAUCAAUGGAUUGGCCAGUCCCAGUACAACACCAGGCAGAGGGAGCUGGGUCAAGAUGUCGGCACUGGCCGUCUGCUCCAUGUGAACCGUCGCCGCCUCCAGGAGCAACAGGACGAGGAGCAGGGUCAGAACAUCUACGGCAGUCAGAGGGAGCGUUUCCAGCAGCUGCUCCGCCGGGAUGAGGACAACGAUGAUGAUGACGAUAUCCGCAUGGGUCGUGUGCAACUGCAGCGUGGAAUCAGCCAGGGAGGUCUCCACAUUGGCGGUAUCAAUGACCUGCCCACCGUGAAUGUGAACAGUGACCGCCUGCUCCAUGUGAGCCGCCGCCGUUUGAACGCCAUCCAACAGGAGCAGCAGCAGGGUCAGCAGCAGGAUCAGCUCACGGCUCGCCAGCGUCUAAUGGGCUUGGUCAGGGGAGAGCGCCUCAGCGAGGGCCUCCGUGUGGGUCAGCUGGACGAGGAGCGUCAGAUGAACGACUGGCAGAAGAAGCGCCAGGGUCAGAUGUGGGGACGCCAAGAUGAGCAGGAGCAGGACCUGGACCAGAUGCAAAUCCAGAGACAAGGUCGUCGCAUGGGCGGUCAACAGCAGGGUCAAAGCUACGCCGAUCAGCUGGAGAGCGUGGAGCGCGAUGAUGACCGUUUGGUCCACAUCAACAGGCGUCGCCUCAACCAGGACAUCCAGCAGCAGCAGCAGCAACAGCAGCAGCAGAGGAUUACCGGCCGCAGAAUUGGCUCCAUUGGCGAGGGUCGCCGCGUCAUGGGCGAUCGUCUCAUCCAGGACGAGGACAUUCUGAAGCUCAUCCGCAGCGACAACCGCUUGACCCAAAUGACCGACCAAGAGAUCCUUGAGAUGCUGAGGAGGAACCGUCUGCAGAAGCAUCAGAACAACGAUGACAACAACAACGACGAUGAUGAUGAUGAUGACAACGAUGAUGAUGACGAGGUUGUGCAGCGCCGCCAGGGAGUUCGUAGCCGCCGCAGCCUGAUCAAUCUCCGCCAGCAGAACAGCCGUCGUGGCGAGAUCAUCCUGCACAAUCUCCGUCAGCUGGUGGCCCGCCUCAACCAGGAGAGCAUCUCCCAGGGCGAGACGAUCGACCAGACCCAGCAGCAGCAGCAGCAGCAGCAGUGGCUCAACAAUCCCCGCCUGACGCAAACCGAGAGGUACAACCUCCGCCUGAACCAAAUCCGCAUCGAUUCGCAGCGCAACCGUGAGAUUCUCGGACAGAUUGGCCAGAUUGAGCAGCAACUGCAGCAGGUCAUCGCUCAGGUGGUAAACCAGGUCAGCUCGCUGCGUGGACAGAUGGAAGAUCAGCGCCAGGUGGAGUCCCUGAUCGCCGAUGUCCUGCUGGGUCGCCUUGGCCAGGUUGGUAUCAUCAACAUCAUCCGCCAGGUGGUCCAGGACAACAGCCGCAAUGGCCAGCAGAUCGAUCGUACCGGCCUGGGCAUCCGUCUCAGUGAUCCCGUCGUGCAGCACACUCUUCGCCGCAUUGUGAAGAUCGUGGACCAACAGCGGGAGCAGAUCCUUGGAGCCUACCGCCAGGAGCAACUGCAGAUGCGCGGUGUUGCCAUCAACGAUGUCCGCGUGGACAAGCUGCGCACUCGCAUCGAGGAGAACGUUCUGGACCUCAGCAACUUGGUGGAGCAGCAGCAGCAGGUUCAGGGAGUCCAGCAGGAGAUUGUGGGACGUCAGCGACGCCUCAACAACAAGGACUUCACCAUUGACAUGGAGAUUACCUCGGAUGAAGAGCGGGAUGCCAUUGUUCGCGUCUUCCUGGGACCCGGCGAGGAUCAGCAGGGCAGGCAGGGAGUUAGUCUGGAGCAGCGCCGCCGCGACUUUGUGCUCCUGGAUGCCAUCAAUGUGCAGCUGGAGAACGGACGCAACCGCGUCCAGCUGAGGUCCAUCGACAUCCCCUGGACCAAGAACGAUGUGACGCCCCUGGGAGAGAUCUACCGCCGAGUGAUGAUGCAGCUGAAGGGUCAGCAGGAGCAGCUGGUUAUGGGUGGCAUCCAGGAGUUGGUUGGUGAGAGCGGACGCUUCCCCCAGCACCUGCUGCUGCCCCGUGGAAGGCCCCAGGGUCUGCCCAUGCAGCUCCUCGUGGUCGUCUCUCCUCUGGUGGAACAGGAGGUGCAGGAGAUCAUUCCCGCCAUCAGCAUUGGUAUUGGAUCCGCCUCCCUGCAGGACAUCCGCCCCUUGGGCUACCCCCUUGACCGCCCCAUUCGCAACGAGCAGGAGCUCCUGCAGCUGCCCAAUGUCCUCCUCCAGGAUGUGACCAUCGUCCAGGAGAACUAAUUUCCCAACCAGGAUGCUUAAACCGACUGUCAGACCUUCUGCUUUGCCAAGGACCCAUCUGGAAACCCCUUACGAACCCUAGUUUAAGUCUAUCGAGCCAAUAGCAAAAUGUUAAACACUCUUUGUAAUCCAUUUAUGUAUAUCUGUAAUUAAAAUCUUUGCAAGAAAUGCAAACAAGCAUUAAA